GGCUCGAGCCUCGUUUCUCUGGUCCUGGGGCUCGAGCCCAGCGUUGCCAGAUGAGCGAGAGCCAUUGCACCUCGAAUGGAAAACUUGGAAUGAACCAUUGCUGCAUGAUGUAUAAAAUGAACGUCAUACUUGAUCUGUCUCCUCGAUUUAUUUAUUUUAACGAGCAUUUGAACAUAAUUUAUUGUUAUGCAAGGAUUUAACGUACCAAAAAGAUGAGUGGAUGCUACUGUUAUCACAGCAUAACUCAGCAAUUGAACGGCCACCAUACUUUCAGCAUGCGAAGAUUCCCUGCACGUGUGGUCUGAUGCCCCUCUCUUGCUUCCUGAAUUUUGGAUUACCGAGACUACACAAGGAUGGAGGGUCGAGAUUUUGCGGCCCCCGCACACCUUCUAUCAGAGCGGAGUGCACUAGUACAUCGUGCCGCGACUCGGAUCUCCUCUGCAGGCCACAGCUCUGUCCAACACGCCAGUCAUUUUCCAGCAGGAAAAUACUACCCCUCUCACAUACAGAUGCCCUCACAUUCAGGCAGUGGACUGGUGGGAAACUCGUCCUCCUCCUUCAUGGGCUCCUUCCUGGCCAGUGGCUUGGGCUCGGCCCCGUCUCACCCUCCCCAUCCCUCCAGGCCUCCAUCCUCCCCCUCCUCCCACUCCAGCACCUCGCAGAUCUGGUUCCCCCACUCACAUGAAGCGGCUACAGGGUAUCCUCGUUUCUCAGGGACACUCACCCACACCUUCCUUCCCAUGGGCCCUUUGGAUCACCAUGCCAACAGUGGCGUCCUCUAUGGCCAACACCGUUUCUAUGACACCCAAAAAGAGAAUUUCUACUUGAGAGGGCUACCCUCUCAACCUCUCCUAUCGGCCAAUCAUAGCAUGCCACCAAUCUCCAGGGUGGGGCAAGGGGGAGGUUCUAGUGCAAAAACCCCUGAGCGAGGCAUGUCCGUGUCUAGCCGGCAAAAGGAGCCAAUGAGCAGCAAGCAGGAAGCCAAGCAGAGACAGCAGCACCAAUCCCAUCAGCUCCAGCAGACGCAGACUCCGCAGAGCGGCCCAGGCCAACACCAACACCCCCAGCAACCCACCCACCCGCAGGCCCAGCGGCUGCACCAGCACACCCCGCAGCCCCCGCAUCAGCACCCGCACCACGGCCACCACCACCACCACCACCACCACCACCACCACCACCAGCACCCCGCCACGCACCCCGCACUCAGCAUGGAGGACGGCAGCAUGCACCCGGGAGCCCCGCACCCUCAGGCAGUGGCCACGCCGCUCAGUGCCUGCCUGCUCAACAGCAAAUCUCCCAGCAGCCACUGCGGCGGUGGAGGCAGCGGAGGUGGCAGCGGAGGUGGCGGCGGUAGCGGCAGCGGUGGUGGAGGCGGCGGCGGCGGCUCCAAGAGCUCCAGCUGUGGCGAGGGCGUCGGGGGCCCGUUCCCGGACCGUGUGCGGGGCGAGAUGCGGAUCAGCGAGCAGCCGAGCGUGGCAGACUGCGUCCAGCGCAAGCAGGGCCUGCAGCACUCGCUGCCGUACGCCGCCCUUCCGCCGCACACACUGCCCCCUGCUGGCAGCGCCGGGCACCCGCGGGGCUUCCAUUGCUUGCAGUUCCACCCGCACCACCCUCACGCACACGGACACUACAACCCCCCUCACCCGGAGCUCCUCUACCCCCACCCGCCCGCACCCUUACCCAAUCCCCCCAUGCCCCACAGGACUGGCCCUGCACUGGUUGAGCAGAAGGCCGCCGUGCCAACAUUCGGGCCAACUGUCAGGCAGCCCGGUGAAAAGGCCAAUGGGUCUUUUCAACUGGGCAGCCCGGAGUGCCAUGUUAUUGGCAGUGGGGGUGGCAGUGCCAAAGAGAAGGCUUUGCAGAAGAGUGGUGGCAGCGAUGGGCAUGCUCAGGCGUGGCACAGAAAGCAGAUGUCCUACAGGAAGGCAGAGAAAGGCCCCGACUGGGCUCUCAGCCAUCAACAGCUCCAACAGCAACAACAACAACAACAGCAACAGCAACAACAGCAACAGCAACAGCAACAGCAGCAACAACAGCAACAACAGCAACAGCAGCAACAGCAGCAGCAACAGCAGCAGCAGCAGCAGGCGGCUCAGCUUCAGAGCAGGACCCCACAGGCGUCCCCCGCACGCUCCCGCAGCGUAGAUCCAGACCCCUCUAGAGCCCCUCCAGCUCAGCAGCCCAAAGCCAGCCACCAGCAGCAGCAGCAGCAGCAGCAGCAGCAGCUCUACGUCACCGCUCAGGCCUACAGGGACUGCUCGCACCCGGGGCCCCCUCCAAACCACUCGCCCCUGACGGCUAAACCUCUGGAUGGACGCAGCGGUGGCGGGAGCGGCAGCUGUUCCAUGCAGAGGGACGGGCAGAAGGUCGCCCGAAUCCGGCACCAGCAGCACGGCCGAACAGGCUCCGGCACACCUGGUCUGGAACCAGCGCCGACUAAUGGAGGUCACGACCCCAAGAGAAAGAUAGACCUGACCCACAAUCCGGCCCACAGCCUCAAUCCCAGCACCAACCAGAACCAAACUCACCACAACCACAACCCUAACCACAGCCACAACACCAACCAUAACCCCAAUCAUAGUCACAAUACCAACCAUAACCAUAACACUAGCCAUAACCCAAACCCAAACCUGCAGUACAGCUACUCUCGGCAAGGGCAUCCGCCUCCAGAGGUGCAGCCAUGGCCCACUACUCCCCAGCGGCCAGACACCCAGCGGCAGCAGCAGCAGUCGGCGGUCUACAUGAGUUCCAUCAGUGCUAAUGGAGCCAGACAGCACCCUGCCAUGGCCCCCCCUGUUCCUGUUCCAGUCCCUCUAGCCCCUGGGCCCGGUCCCCCAGCCAUUCCUCCUGCCCCAGCCCUGGCACACAGGCCUCCCCAAGGCCCCCCCCAAGGGACUCCCCAAGGCCCCGCCCAAGGGCCCCCCCAAGGGCCUCCAGCGACAGAUACAGGGGCCAUGAAGAACCUACUGAAGUACACCACCCAGCAGCAGCAGCAGCAGCCUCUCUCCCAGAAGACUCCGUUCGGAGGACUGGGGAGCCUGAAGACCAGCUGCUCCCUGCAGGGCACCAAGCCUGUGUUGCCGCCCCGGAGGUCGUCGUCCAGCGACGGUCAGCGGGCCGACUGCGGCGGGCGAGGCCGCGAACUGAGCGAGACUGUGCACGGCGAGGGGGAGGUGCGGCAGCCGCCCGUGGGGAUCGCUGUUGCCGUGGCGAGGCAGCGGGAGCCUCCCUGCCGUAUGACGGACAGCCAGAGCAGGGGGAGAGGGCAGCCUGCCGUGAAGGAGUCUCCAUCCGAGGAGGACAGGGGGAGAAUGAGGGACCAUAUGGCUCUUCACAGAGACACGUUUAUCAGGGAUAAUAAGGACAGGCUGGAAUUCGCUCGGAUUCAUCCCUCCAACAGUUGCCAUGGAGACUUCAGCUCUCACCUCAUGGGGUCAGGCGGGUCCGCUCUGCAGGAGCAAACUGCACACGCACACUCCGCUCACCACCAUUGGAUGGCGCAGACAGGAAGCCCCUCCCUCUGGAUGUCUGGCCACUCUUAUACAGGUCUGAGUCACUCUGCGCUGCACCAGAGCCUCCCUCCUGGCUUCCCGGCAUCUGUGCCGCCCCCCCUGCAGCCUGUUCUCCCGCUGCCCCAGGACCCCCCGGCCCUGGUCAUGCUGCCCCCUGACAACAGCACACACACCGCCUCACACCUCGAUGUGAUGGACUCCUCGGCUCUCUGGCCUCCGGUGUUCCGGCCUCAGGGUCCAGCCCACAUGCAGCAUCCCGCUGUGUUCUCCCGCCAACAGUUACUACGGCAACAAGAGCUGUAUGCACUCCAGCAGCAGCAACAACACCAGAGCCAGCAGCCACAUAGAAACAACAAUCACGCACAGGUCCAGAGGAAGCCAGAAGAGGGUGCUGUGGAGCUGCAGGACAUCCUGUCCGAGCCACGGAGUCCCGCGGGGGGUCAGCACUUCUACAACCAGUCCAGCAUGGCGGCCCCCACCACGCACCUCUCCCCCUGCUGCCAGUCGCCCUGUCUUCGGCCGCACCCUCAGAGCACGCCGUCCACCCCCUGUCCCGCCAUCAGCCCGUCUCCCUCGCUGCCCCCCAAAUCGGCAGAGCCACAGGGUCAACCUCCGCACGACUACCCACAAUCCCUAGAGCCGGACCUGCCCCCAGGUUAUACAUAUCCUGCCAUGAACAUCGCCUAUAGGGGAGACCCCUCCCCUCAGGACGUGCCAUUGGCUGAGCCUGCUGAUUUGAAUGCCGUUCAAGCCGAACCUACAGAGCAUGACCCGCCCACUCUCUCUGGUCUGGGGGAGGAGUUUGAGUGUCAGACAGUGAGACCCCUCCCACAACAGGAAGUAGUGAAGGCGGUGGAGGAGAGGGCGGCCCAAGAGGAAGAGGUGGAGGAGGAGGAGGAGAAGCAGUUAAGUGGGUCGGGUGGUGUGGGCGUGGCUGUGGCUGUGGGGAGCAUGGUGAUUGGCUGCUGCGCUCCUUUGGAGCUUGACCCAGCCACCCGUCCGGUCAGUCCUGCUGCAGAGGCGUCUCCCAGCAGCGACCCAGCCUGCGAACCCGCUGUCACCUUCGACCCGAUGGUGACCUCUGACCCUUCAGUGGCCACUUCCACUCCAGUCAUCUGUGACUCCGCCGAGAUCUCUGAACCCCUGGCGACGUCCGACCCCUCGGAUGCCUGUGAACUCCCGAUCCCACCACACCCGUCAGCCACCGGCGAGACCACAGUCCACCCGGACUCCAUCGCCGUCGUCGUGGAGCCGGAGGACACAACGUCAGACACAACAGCCAACUGUCACCCUGCCACGACCUCUGAACCCCUGACGAACUGCGAGGAUGAAGGCAGCUGUGAGGCCCUGGAGCCGAAGGGAGAGAAUGAGCCUUUGGAGGACACCCAGGAUGCAGCGUGUGUCAACGGCAAGGAGGAGGCGCGCAGUGAUUCGCUGAGCUGUUGGAGUCUGGAGCUACUGAUCGCUGCGGCCUUCUGUGGGGAUGCGCCGCCCCCAUCCCCCGCACCCCUCACCCCCUCCAGCCCACCGCACCACGGCAUGGAGCUGCUCAGCGAGCUGGCAGAGCUGCAGCUACACAGCUACAGCACCGCCAACAGCCAGGAGGGGGAUGGCUUGACCUUUGACCUGCGGAGUCUGGCGACGCUGGCAGUGGCCCGUGCCCUGGAGCUGGGCUCGGUAGAGAAGCUGAGGGAUGCUGGGAAGCCCUGCCUCGCCCGGCGAGCCAUCAACCUGCGCAGGAAGUGCAGCUGGACCCCUCGCCACGAACAGGCUGGUCCAGUGAAGGUGGGCAUGGAGGCGGGCGAUGGAGAAGAGCUGGCAAUGCGGAUGAGACUGGCAGAGCUGCAGCGGCGCUACAGAGAGAAACAGAGAGAGCUGGCCAAACUACAGAGGAAGCACGAGAACCAAAAAGAGGAGCCUCCCCGCAGUCCUGUCCGACGGGGACCAGGUCGGCCCCGUAAGCGUAAGCUGGCCCCAAGCCUCAGUCCCGCUGCCUCCACAGACACCCAGAGAAGAGGAAAAUCGAUGCCAUCAGGCUUCUGUCUGUCUGGAGGGCCUCAGAAGAAGAGGACCAAGCCCAGCAGCCAGGACUUUGGGCGUCUCAGCUCCACAGAGAGCUCGUCUGUGGGUCGUGAGAAACGAGGAUCUGACCAGCAGGUGUGUGUGCUGAGGCAGAAACGAGGCAGAAGGCCAAGAGAGGGAGCAGCCAUGGAAAGACACACUAACACCACCAACGAGUCAGAGGGGCAGAGUGACACAGACAGCUGGCAGGGCGGAGUCGCUAAUAAAGGCCGCAGCAGGAGGAAGAGUCCUGCUUCAUCAUCAUCAUCCUCACGACCACAGCUAUCUAGACCCGGGCGCCCACGGCGCAUCAGGCAGGAAGUGAUGUCACCUUCCGACAGCCAAUCAUCUGGGCAGGAGGAUGAAGAGGUGGACAGCUAUGACAGUGAUGAUGGACAGGACCUCAGAGCUCCGCCUUUGAGUGAAGCUCCGUCAGCCUUAACGGUGACAGGUGCCACGCCUUCCUCGGUGGUGAAGCUGGAGGCCAAUCAGAAGGCCCGGAAGAAGAGAGAGAGACAGGAGCUCUAUGGGUGUGUGGGCGUAUUUGCCGCAGGCGAGGAGGUGAAGGUGAGGAGGAGUGCCCCCUGUGGGAAACGAGCGGUCACUGCAGUCAAGAGGAGAGUGGGGAGGCCACGGCGCGAACCCACCGACUUCCUGACCUCCUCCAGCAGCAGCGAGAGGCUCAAGAGGGCCACACGGAGGAGCACUGUACUCAGGAGGAGUAGCUGGUCUGCACUCUGUGACGUGUCUCUGAGGAGCCAAAGAAGCAGAGAGAGACAGGCUCGAUCAGUGAGUCAGCUUCUGAGGAACCUGGCCGCAGAUGAAGACUGCACACUAGAGGGCGAUAGCAGCUUCUCAGAGGAGGAGAGCAAAGUUACGCUACCUAACUGUGUCCUGACCAAAGACCUGCUGAUGGAUGGACUGAAUAUAUUGAUCUCUAAAGAGGACGAGCUUCUGUAUGCUGCAAGAGUCCACAACUACAAUCCACCAGACUGUUACAGUGUGUUCGUUGAUGGAGAGAGAGGCGGCCAUGCUAAGAUCUACUCACGGGAGAAACUACUCCAGGGGGCGGUUUUGGACGUGUCUCCAAAGACUGAGGCGAUGUUGAGAGAGGGGACAAGAGUGUGUGCUUACUGGAGCGAGCGCUCUCGAUGCCUCUACCCUGGCUAUGUUCGCAGAGGUGGUGCAUGGGCGGGGGCUGAUGGGAAGAUGGGUGGGGUCAUGGUGGAGUUUGACGAUGGAGACCGCGGGCGGAUCUCUCUGGGUCACAUACGCCUGCUGCCGCCUUCCUACCAGAUCCAAUAUGUGCAACCAGACCGCCACCUGCUGGAUGGUUGUGGAAUAGGCAGACAAACUUCAGCACCGUCUCUGCAGAGUGAGGCUGCUUUUGUUCAGAAACCAAAGCGAGGGAGACCCAAAGGGUCUGGGAAGAAGAAGCUGACCAAUAGCACAGCACCGGUGCUGAGCUGGCCCCCCGUCUGUACCAGGAGAUCCAAGGAGAACCUGUUUCAGCUGGGACUCCCCAGGAGCUCGCGCCUCGCCCAGCCGCCCACCUCGGCCUUGGCCCCCGUCCACAGCCUCUUCAGCAGCCGCUCCUUCGAGGUGGACUCCUUCAGCAGCAUCGCCAAGAGCUACGGCUGCUCCUCCUCUUUUUGCUCCCCGGCUCCGGGCUCGGCCCCCGGGAGCCACAGGGACCCCAGAAGCAGCGGCGGCGGCGUCUCCUCUAGGAGGAGGCGCGUGGAGGUGGGCGAGGCGUCCAGGAGCGGUCGGAGGCCGGAGUUCAUGGUCAAGCUGGACCACGAGGGCGUGACGGAGGCCAAGACCAAGAGCGGUAAAGUCCUGCAGGCUCAGAGAGACGGAGCAGGAGGAGGAGGAGGAGGAGGAAGAGGAGGGGGAGUGGUGGCAGUGAGUGUGUCCAGACCGGAGGCCUACGCCCACCCCGUGCUGCUGGUGGAGGAGAACCGCAGGGACGGACGCUCGGGGCCCGAGCUGCUGCUGAAGGGGGCGCUGCUCCACAGGAAGUUGUCACCACCGUCGCCGCCACCGCCGGUUCUGCGGAGAGCCGAGUGCGGGCGGUCCUGGGGCGGCCGGAGUUGCGACCCCUACCCCAGCCUGGGCGAGGGGCAGAAGAGGACGAGCUCCUCAGGCGACGACGACGACGGCAACGACAUCGCCAGCGUCAGGUCACUACCUGUCACGCGUCUCUCGUCGCCUGUCGUCCUCCUCCUCCUCUUCCUCGGGCUCGUCUUCGUCUUCGGGCUCGUCCUCCAGCUCCAGCCUCUGCUCCUCGGACAACGACUCGUCCUGGAGCUCGGACGACGACGAGGGCUCGCCCCCGCUCAUGCUGCGCAGCUGUAUGCCUUCCCAGCAUGCUUUGCUCCCGCCACCCGCCCCUCCGACGGCAUUCUCCUCCGGGCGCUCCUUCGUGGCCAAGGCAGUGACCAUGUCCAACAGCAGCAGCAGCAGCCCUGUAGCCAACAGGAAGAGGAAAGACCUGCUGCUGUCACUGUCCAGCCCUCCUAGAGAGCUGGCCAAGAGGCCCAGGCUCCACGCAGAUGACUGUUACUCGUCCUGUCCACCCACCCAUCCGGGAAAACAGCCGUGGAAGUGGGUUGGAACCCCCACACAGAGGCGAGGUCUGAAGGGGAGGGCUCGUAAGCUGUUCUACAAGGCGGUGGCUGUGUAAGCAG